UAGCCCGGCGCGGGCCGGUUGCCGUUCUCAAGAUGGCCGCGGCGCGAGCGGCCCCUGCGGCGGGCUAGGGGCGGAGGCGGAGCCCGUCACCCCCGCACUCCGGGCCCCGGCCCCCGCGCUGGGCUGCAGCUCCCUGCCCGCCGCGGCUAUGCGGGGCUCCGCGCACGGAUGAGAGAAGCCGCCGCCGCCGCCGCGCUGGUCCCCCCACCCGCCUUCGCCGUCACCCCCGCCGCCGCCAUGGAGGAGCCGCCGCCGCCGGCGGAACCCGAGCCGGAGCCCGAGCGCUACCGCGCGGCGAGGCAAGAGAGCCCGCGGGGGCCCCCGGCGAGCGGGAACUCCGAGUCCGACGCGGAGGAGCUCUCGGAGGAGGCGAGCCCGGAGAACCUCUACGGCGCCUCUCCGCCCAGCACCCCGCGGCAGAUGAAGCGCAGGUCCGCCAAGCACCAGAGGAGCGCCGUGGGGAGGCCUGCCAGCCGCUCCAGCCUGAAAGAGAAGACGAGCGCCUCGAGCCAGCCGCUGCACAGAGACAGCGCGGGCAAGGCUGGGGAGAGCGUGGAGGAGCACAGCUACAAGCAGGAGAAGAAGAUCCGUGCGGCCAUCAGGACGACGGAGCGCGACCACAAGAAGAGCGCGCAGUGCUCCUUCAUGCUGGACGCGGUGGGCGGGCCCCUGCCCAAGAAGCCCAUCCCCGACGUGGACCUCAACAAGCCUUACCUCAGCCUCGGCUGCGGCCACGCCAAGCUCCCGGUGUCCGUGCCCGUGCCCAUCGCGCGGACCGCGCGGCAGACCUCCAGGACCGACUGCCCGGCGGACCGCUUGAAGUUCUUCGAGACUUUGCGACUUCUGCUCAAGCUUACGUCGGUCUCCAAGAAGAAGGACAGGGAGCAGAGGGGACAGGAGAGCACGUCCACUUUCUGGUUCAACCGCUCGAAUGAGCUGAUCUGGUUAGAGCUGCAGGCCUGGCACGCGGGGCGGACCAUCAACGACCAGGACCUCUUUCUAUACACGGCCCGCCAGGCCAUCCCAGACAUCAUCAACGAAAUCCUGACUUUCAAAGUUAACUACGGGAGCUACGCCUUUGUCAGAAACGGGGCCAGUUUCAAUGGGGCCCCGCCGGAAGGGCAGCGCGGGGCCCCUGCGGGGACCGGGGCUGCAGGCGACCCGACGUACCACGAGCACCUGCGGCGCCAGAGGGUGUCCUUCGAGCAGGUCAAGCGGAUCAUGCAGCUGCUGGAGUACAUUGAAGCUCUUUACCCGUCACUGCAGGCCCUGCAGAAGGACUACGAGAAGUACGCCGCGAAGGACUUCCAGGACAGGGUGCAGGCACUCUGCCUGUGGCUGAACGUCACCAAGGACCUCAACCAGAAGCUGAGGAUCAUGGGCACUGUUUUGGGCAUCAAGAACCUGUCAGACAUUGGCUGGCCAGUGUUUGAGAUCGCUUCCCCCAGGUCGUCCAAAGGCAACGAGCCGGAAGACGAGGGCGACGACACGGAAGGGGACCUCAGAGAGCUGGAAAGCAGCGCGGACGAGAGUGGAGAGGAGCAGACCCCCGAUCCGAGGGUCCCCGAGACCGGGCAGCCCGCGGAGCACACGGGCCCCCUCCAGCCGCAGGGCCACGGGUCUAAGAAGCUCGAGAGGGUUGCGUCGGAGGACGACGCCGGCGGCUGGGGGCCCGCGGACGGCAGCCCAGAGGCGGGCUUCCGCAGACACUGUCUGACUUCCAUCUACAGGCCGUUCGUGGACAAGGCGCUGAAGCAGAUGGGCUUGCGGAAGCUCAUUUUGAGACUCCACAAGCUGAUGGACGGUUCCCUGCAGAGGGCACGGGUGGCCCUGGUAAAGAGCGACUGUCCCGUGGAGUUUUCUGAGUUCCCAGACCCCAUGUGGGGCUCCGACUACGUGCAGCUGUCCGGGUCGCCGCCCCCCGCGGAGCCGAGGUGCAGCCCCGUGUCCUGGGAGGAGCUGACGUCCAUGGACCUCCCGUCGUUCGAGCCCGCCUUCCGCGUGCUCUGCCGGGUCCUGCUGAACGUCAUCCACGAGUGCCUGAAGCUGCGGCUGGAGCAGAGGCCUGCCGGAGAGCCUUCCCUGCUGAGCAUUAAGCAGCUAGUCCGCGAGUGCAAGGAGGUGCUGAAGGGCGGCCUGCUGAUGAAGCAGUACUACCAGUUCAUGCUGCUGGGCGUCCGGGACGGCCCCGAGGAGGCCGACUGCGACAUCGACGCCUUCGAGGAGGACCUGCAGGAGAUGCUGAUGGUGUACUUUGAUUACAUGAGAAGCUGGAUCCAAAUGCUGCAGCAGUUACCUCAAGCAUCCCAUAGCUUAAAAAACCUGUUAGAGAAAGAAUGGAAUUUCACCAAAGAAAUAACCCAUUACAUCCGCGGAGGAGAGGCCCAGGCUGGAACGCUUUUCUGCGACAUCGCGGGCAUGCUGCUCAAGUCCACGGGGGGCUUCCUAGAGUCGGGCCUGCAGGAGCGCUGCGCUGCCUUCUGGACCGGCGCCGACGACAGCUGCGCCUCGGACGAGAUCAGGCGGUCGGUCAUAGAGGCCAGCCGGGCCCUGAAGGAGCUCUUCCACGAGGCCAGGGAGCGGGCCUCCAAAGCCCUGGGGUUCGCCAAGAUGCUGAGGAAGGAUCUGGAAGUAGCCGCCGAGUUCGUACUUGCGGCCCCGGUCAGAGACCUCCUGGAUGCCCUGAAGUCCAAGCAGUACAUGAAGGUGCAGAUCCCUGGCCUGGAAAGCCUGCAGCUGUUCGUCCCGGACACCCUCGCCGAGGAGAAGGCCAUCGUGCUGCACCUGCUCAACGCGGCUGCAGGGAAGGACUCCGCCAAGGACGAUGUGCUGAUCGACGCCUACCUGCUGCUCGCCAAGCACGGCGACCGCGCGCGGGACGCGGAGGACGGCUGGGCCGCGUGGGAGGCUCCGCCGGUCAGGAUCGUGCCUCAGGUGGAGACUGUGGACACCCUGAGAAGCAUGCAGGUCGAUAAUCUGCUGCUGGUCGUCAUGGAGUCGUCUAACCUGGUCAUUCAGAGGAAGGCUUUCCAGCAGUCCGUCGAGGGGCUCGUGACCCUGCGGCAGGAGCAGACGUCCAGCCUGCCGGUCAUUGCCAAGGCUCUGCAGCAGCUCAAGAACGAUGCCCUAGAACUUUGCAACAGAAUCGGCGAUGCCAUCGACCGAGUGGACCACAUGUUCGCUUCAGAAUUCGACGCCGAAGUCGACGAAGCCGAGUCCGCCACGUUGCAGCAGUACCACCGAGAAGCCAUGAUUCAGGGGUACAACUUUGGGUUCGAGUAUCACAAAGAAGUCGUUCGCCUGAUGUCUGGAGUGUUCAGACAGAAGAUCGGAGAGAAAUACAUCAGCUUUGCCCGAAAGUGGAUGAAUUAUGUCCUAACAAAGUGCGAGAGCGGGAGAGGCACCAGACCCCGGUGGGCGACUCAGGGGUUUGACUUCCUGCAAGCCAUCGAGCCCGCCUUCAUUUCGGGGCUGCCGGAGGACGACUUCCUGAGUUUACAAGCCUUGAUGAACGAGUGCAUCGGCCACGUGAUAGGAAAGCCGCACAGCCCCGUCACAGCCAUCCAUCGGAACAGCCCCCGCCCCGUGAAGGUGCCGCGGUGCCACAGCGACCCUCCCAACCCCCAUCUCAUCAUCCCCGCCCCGGAGGGGUUCAGCACUCGGAGCGUGCCCUCGGACGCGCGGAGCCACGGCGCCCCCGGCGGCGACUCUGUGCCACCCAAACCCGCCGGCAGUGCCCAUGACGCCAGGGGUUCCAGCGUCCCCGAGAACGACCGGCUGGCCUCCAUCGCGGCCGAGCUGCAGUUCCGGUCCCUGAGCCGGCACUCCAGCCCCACGGAGGAGCGAGACGAACCAGCAUUUCCAAAGGGCGAUGGCGGCGGGUCAGCGCGAAGGAGCUGGGAGCUGCGGACGCUCAUCAGCCAGACGAAGGAUUCCGCUUCCAGACAAGGGCCCAUGGAGGCCAUCCAGAAGUCGGUCCGGCUGUUCGAGGAAAAGCGGUAUCGGGAAAUGAGGAGAAAGAACAUCAUCGGUCAAGUGUGCGACACCCCCAAGUCUUACGAUAACGUCAUGCACGUUGGCCUGAGGAAGGUGACCUUCAAGUGGCAGAGAGGAAACAAGAUCGGCGAGGGGCAGUACGGGAAGGUCUACACCUGCAUCAGCGUGGACACGGGCGAGCUGAUGGCCAUGAAGGAGAUUCGGUUCCAGCCGAACGACCAUAAGACCAUCAAGGAGACCGCGGACGAGCUGAAGAUAUUCGAGGGCAUCAAGCACCCCAACCUGGUCCGGUAUUUUGGCGUGGAGCUGCACAGGGAGGAGAUGUACAUCUUCAUGGAGUACUGCGACGAGGGCACGCUGGAGGAGGUGUCCAGGCUGGGCCUCCAGGAGCACGUCAUCCGGCUGUACUCCAAGCAGAUCACCGUGGCCAUCAACGUGCUCCACGAGCACGGCAUCGUCCACCGCGACAUCAAAGGUGCCAACAUCUUCCUCACCUCCUCGGGGCUCAUCAAACUGGGAGACUUCGGGUGCUCCGUGAAGCUCAAGAACAAUGCGCAGACCAUGCCAGGCGAAGUGAACAGCACCCUGGGGACCGCAGCGUACAUGGCUCCGGAAGUCAUCACUCGUGCGAAAGGCGAGGGUCACGGGCGUGCGGCCGACAUCUGGAGUCUGGGGUGUGUGGUCAUAGAGAUGGUGACGGGCAAGAGGCCUUGGCACGAGUACGAGCACAACUUCCAGAUCAUGUACAAGGUGGGGAUGGGGCACAAGCCCCCCAUCCCCGACAGGCUGAGCCCGGAAGGGAAGGACUUCCUGUCCCACUGCCUGGAGAGCGAGCCUGGGACGCGGUGGACGGCCAGCCAGCUCCUCGACCACCCCUUCGUCAAGGUCUGCACGGACGAGGAGUGAGGCGGGCCGCUGUGGGCCAGGAGCGGCGGGGAGUCCCUCAACCACUGCUGUGUGUAGCAUGUGCGUGGCGCCCACCGGGAAGCCGCGCGGGCCCCCCGCCGUCCGGGCCUGAAGACUGCACGCGUGGCCAGCUCACGGCUCCUGCUGCUCCUGUGGGUGUGGCCUGCGCGGGCCUCCCGGUGGCGGUGCCCCCGCGGUAACGAGCUGCGUGUUAAGUGCCAUUUCUACUGUACACGGACCGCCGCUUCCGUCACCCCCGAGACCAGGGACGUCGGCGCCGUGUUUGGGCCUCGCGGGUCUCCGAGCCGGUGCCGCCGUCCCGGCCUCCCGGCCCCCUCCCGCCUGUCGAGUGCACUGUGAAGCUCCCCGUCCGCGGCGGCGGCGGCGGCACGCCGAGGGUCUGUCCCGCAGGAGGCAGACUCGUGCAGUUUAAGGAAAAGGUUCUUUUUUCAAUAAAUGGUUUAUUUUAGGAAA